AUGUGCUGAUGGAAUUGUUUAAUCCGAUUGUUUUCUGUGUGCCUUACUCAUUUGCGGAUUGGUCUAGUUGCACAGUUUCGAGCCUAAUGCUUUUCAUUUCGUUGACACCAGUUUGUUUGUGGCUCGCUGCAGCAAAGCUGAGUGCGCCUGAUUACAGGGCCGGGUUUGAGGACUAUAAUGUCGCUGCAGACAGCAAUCAAUUGCAGGAGAAGACGAAGAAUCGGAGGCCCGCAGUGCAAGUAAAAGUGACAAAUGAAGUGGAAAGUGCCCUCAGAACGAAUCCAAUGGCGAUGGCGAUGAUGAUGCGGAUGAGAAAUCGGGGCGGUGAGCGGUGGCAGGCGGCGAACUACUUUGACACACAAAUGCCAUUGCUGUCUGGCCUAAUGAGUCCCGGCCGACUGCCAAUAUUGGAUGGGCCGAGCUGGAGGCACAACCCGUCCACCCAGCCCAGUUCGGUUGAGCAGCAAUUACUCCGCCUGCAGCCGGACUACAAAUUGCUCUACAAUGCCGAGCACCACACCUACUUCCACCUGCACACCCUCGUCCCGGAGGACAUCGCCACGGUCCGGCCAGGAGCAUCGCAAUCCGAGGCGCCACCGCACCGGCGACUUUUCCAACAGGUCGUGGGCAACACGCUGACCGCCGCCUUUGGCCUGAACGUGAUGAACAAGGGGCAGGUGGGGGGUCAGGUGGAGUUCGCCAGCGAACAGGUGAAUCUCUACGAUGCCGCCUCCCUGCGACGCUCACGCUUCAAUCCCUUCAAUCCCACGCGAAUCCUUAUCCACGGGUGGCUGGGAAAUGCCAAUGCAAAUAUGUACACUGAGCUAUUGCCGGCUUAUUUCAAUCUUAAAACUGGCAACUACAACAUAUUCACCGUGGACUGGGGACGUGGAGCCAUAGCCGACUAUAUAACAGCCAGUUAUAGAGUGAAGCCAGUGGGUCAGGUGCUGGCCAAGUUCGUGGACUUUCUGCACCAGGAGGCGGGACUGCGCUUCGAGGAUCUCCAGCUGGUUGGAUUCAGCAUGGGCGCCCAUGUGGCGGGACUGGCGGGAAAGCAUCUGCAGACUGGGAGACUUCGGAUGAUCCGAGCCCUGGAUCCGGCACUUCCCUUCUUCAGAUAUGCCAAGGAAAAGGAGCGUUUGACCCCGGAGGAUGCUGAGUACGUGGAGGUACUGCACACCAGCGUGGGCAGUUAUGGCUUCGAUCGACCCGUGGGUCAUGCGGACUUCUAUGCCAAUUGGGGCAGCCAGCAGCCAGGAUGUUUUUGGCAUGAGUGCAGCCACUGGAGGGCCUUUAUGCUGUUUGCCGAGAGUCUCUCGAGGAAUCGAGAUGAUGGCUUCUUAUCCAAGGGCUGUCCAGCCGGUGAAUGGCAGCAGUUGACCCGCUUCCAUCGCUGCCCAAAGGAUACUGGCAUUAUCCAGAGCAUGGGCGGCGAUUUGGCCAACGUUUCGGCGGACUUCUUGGCCCAAAGACAGGGUGUCUAUUAUUUCCUAACAAACGAACAGCCACCCUAUGUUUUAGCACAAAAUGCCAGCACGGAAAGGGUGGCACAAAUAAAUAAAGAGAGGAAUGGCUGAGAGAACGUAAUGAGCAAAAUGCAAGUGCAGUUCGCGUUUUUAUUUCUAAUUAGUAAGAGCAUGUUGUACUACACACACACACAAAUACACACAUAUGUACGAGAGUCUGUUUGUGUGUUGUCCCAUUUCUAAAAGCCGGCAAAAUUAAAAAAUGCUACCAUGUGUAAAAUGCCUUUCAUGCCAGUAGCAGGC